AUGUCGCCAAACCCAAGCUUAGACUUCACCGAUUUCGACGCAGAUGAUCUGGAAUGUAUGGACCUCACAAAAGAUCUCACUGGUGUAACAGCCUCGACAGAAAGAAGUGAUGAUGUCCAGAUGUGGGAUACCGAGAGUGCAUUAUGGUCGCCACCACCCCGUAGCGGCAAGAAACGGAAGAGUAACGACAUUAGUCGAGCUCAGGGCGUGCAAAAGGAGACCUUUCCUGAUGUAUACGAUAUCCUCGGCACCGAACCCCCUGCCUCAACUCCCGGAUCGCGGUCAGCACUACGGCGUGCCGGAUUGACAAGCACUUCAAAAUCACGUCGCAAACGAGACAUACAGGAAACGUCUGAGGAUGUCUUAGGCGACCUGGGCAGCGACUCCCUUCAAGACUUGAUGGUGGGAAUGUCCUCACCUUCUCGCCAUGUGUCUGAUAGACGGGAUCAGGGGUUGAAUCUGAGAACGCCAAAGAAGAAGCCUCCAUCACAAGAAACGGACAGCAAUAAGAAAAGGAAGGCGAACCCAUACGAGGAGAUUUUACCACAGGACAAAUUUGAGACAAAUGGAGCAUCCAUGGAAGCGGUGGAUGAUCAUGACUGUAUUCCGGAUUCGGACGAGGAAUUUCUCACACCACCUUCACAUAAUGCAUCUGUCGUUUGGCAGGAAAAGAAGUCUAGUUUAAGUGCUCGGAAAGAUCCCGGACCCAACCCGAUUUCCCGAAAUCAAGACAGUGCUGUUGUGAGUGCUAUGAACUCGCCAUUCCUUCAGUCCCAUAAUCGGAACGGAGCAGACUCCACAGGCAUUGCCUCGAGCUUUAGCACGGACAGCACCAAAAGCGAUGCAUUGGAUUUCACCCCUGAGCAAACUAUUCCUUCAAGCCAAGUACCGAAGGUUCUCGAAUAUUUAUCUACAAACUCAGAAGCUCUGGCUGAACGGCGCGAAACCAUCUUGCAAGCAAUCCAGCGCAAUGGCAGUGACUUUCUGAAAGCCAUCAACGAGAGGUGGCCAAAGGAGAGACGCAGUCAAAUUAAAAUCGAAAAGGAACGGCUUCUGAGGCAGCAGAAAGCAACUCAAGAACUAGCGGACGCUUUGCAGUCAUACAAAGAGUUAUGGGACAAAAGAGAAGCUCUGGCCCAACGGGUGGCGCAAUCGUAUGCUGACGGCAUUGAUACUGACGAUGACGAGAUUCGACUUGACGAACUGACAGAUGUUGUACAAGAACGUGAGGAAGGUCUCGCGAAACUUGUGAUUGCAGCUGGAUUCGACGAAUCUACCUUGCCCAUGCUUACGCCGCCGCCUUCUUCGACACCAAAACGGGGGAACAAUGUGGUACUUGGCACACAGCCGUUGGGUGCAGGAGAAGUCCGCAUGCCGCGUAGCUCGCGAGACUCUCCGGCACAGGCUUUGUCUUCGCAAGUCGUCCAUCAGACUCAACUGCCUGGCGGGUCCCAGCUGUUGACGCGACAAACAGCACCACAAUCAGUGCACAAGAAUUCCAACAGAACUUUGAUAUCAAGGGAUGACGAAGCCCUCACAGAAGAACUAUUCCCUAGAGAGACGCUGCCGCCAACAGAAGGUGCCAGGACACGUCGAGUUCGCAUUGCCUCACCUGCAAUGCCGGAAAUGGAAGACGACAUGUUCUCCGACUUUGACGAGUCUGACUUGCGACCAGCGGCCAUAACACGAACAAAGAAUCCAUCAACACACUCAACUCGUCCUCCUAAUCCCGGCCACGCACAUGAUAAUUUCAGCGAUUUCAGCGACGAUGAUGACAUGUUGGCGUUUGCUCAAGACUACGAGACUCACCAGUCGUUUGAGACCAAAGCCCCAGGGUCUCGCCACGUCUUCUCCGAAACUUCGGGAAACAUAAUGCCUCCUCCGAAACAAAAAGCACAAAACAAACGGCCGCUCGCACCUGCCCUACCAGAGCUCAGGAUUCCACCGGAAUUGAUGAAGCACUCGUGGUCACCAGAAGUACAGAAAAUGCUCAAAGACCGGUUCCGAAUGAAGGGGUUCCGGCACAAUCAGCUAGAGGCUAUCAAUGCGACCUUGGGAGGUGAAGAUGCAUUUGUUCUGAUGCCAACUGGAGGCGGGAAAUCCUUGUGCUACCAGUUGCCAGCAAUUGUCAGAACCGGAAAAACAAGAGGGGUAACCAUCGUCGUGUCCCCUUUGCUGAGUCUGAUGCAAGACCAGGUUGACCACAUGAAGGCCCUUGGCAUACAGGCUGUUGCCUUCAAUGGAGAAUGCUCUGCAGAGUACAAGAGACAAGUUAUGAGCGCCUUUAACGAACGGAGCCCGGAACACUUCAUUGAGCUACUAUAUGUCACGCCUGAGAUGGUGAGCAAGAAUGCUGCUUUUAAUAAUGCGAUGCAAACCCUGCAUCGUAGAGGCAAAUUUGCUCGGCUGGUCAUCGAUGAAGCUCAUUGUGUCAGCCAAUGGGGCCACGACUUUAGACCAGACUACAAAACUCUUGGUCAAGUCCGAACGAAGUUCUCAAAUGUUCCUGUGAUGGCUCUGACGGCCACGGCGACGCAAAAUGUGAUUGUGGACAUCAAACACAACUUAGGCAUGGUCAAUUGCCAAGUGUUCUCGCAAAGUUUUAAUCGUCCAAACCUGUACUAUGAAGUUCGGACAAAAACGUCUAAUUCGAACGCUACCGAGAGCAUUGCUUCAUUGAUAAAGGCGAAGUAUCGCAACGUCACUGGAAUUGUGUACACAAUUUCAAGAAAGCAGGCCGAGGAUGUUGCCCAAAAACUCUCUGGCCACGGAAUUGCCGCCCGCCACUAUCAUGCAGGUAUUGACCCUCAAGAGAAAGUCGAAGUUCAAACAUCCUGGCAAAAAGGGGAUGUCAAGGUGGUUGUUGCCACCAUCGCUUUUGGUAUGGGCAUAGACAAACCUGAUGUCAGAUUUGUUAUGCAUCAUGGCUUGCCCAAGAGCUUGGAAGGUUACUACCAAGAAACGGGCCGGGCUGGUAGAGAUGGGAAACCCUCCGACUGCAUUCUGUUUUAUGGAAAAGCGGACAUAAGAGUCCUGAAAAAGCUAAUUGCAGACGGUGACGGCAAUGACGAACAGAAAGAACGCCAAAUGGUUAUGCUUAACCGUGUCACAGCCUUCUGUGAUAAUAAAUCGGAUUGUCGACGCACUGAGGUCCUUCGCUAUUUUGGAGAAGACUUUGUGCCAAGCCAAUGCCAAAAGGCGUGCGAUAAUUGCCAGGCUGGGUUAAUCUUUGAACAGCAAGACUUUUCAACAUUUGCUAUAGCUGCUAUUCGGGUUGUGCAAGUGCAGCAGCGUCUGACAGCUAAUCAGUGUGCAGACAUCCUGCUUGGCAAGAAAUAUCCGAACCACGAGGAGAGGCUUUCAGACGAGCACUAUGGUAUGGCCAAAGGAUUGAAAAAGCAUGAAGUGGUUCGGGUGAUUGACAAGUUGUCGGCUGAGAAAGCCUUUCACGAAAACAAUGUCGUUGGAAACUAUGGCGUAGCCAUUCAAUAUUUGAAAAUGGGAUCUACCGCCCGCCUAUUUCUCACUGGCCAACGGAAGCUCAUGCUCACGAUCCAAGUUGAUGAAGAAGCAGGCACACGGACGAAGCCAAAGGCUAAAAAGUCGACCAAAAAGAAGUCCAAGGAACAAGAUACCUCGGCGAUGCAGUCAACGUAUGUCUCAUCACCAGUGGAGAGACGCAAAAGGAGGACAAGAGCCGCAGAGAGCGAUGAAGAAGAAAAUUUCCCAACCACUUCCCAUGGCUAUGCCAAUGAUGGAUUUGUUGUCUCAGACGACGACAUGCAGCAAGAGGAUAAUGAAGAGGAUGAAGACGCGUUUGAACCUCUUCCCAAGCACCGUCCCGCAAAGCCACCAUCCAAAGCCGCGGGAAAGAAGAAGGCCGCGCCGCCAGGACCUCCGAUCACUUCUGACAAGCGAAUGGAAGAUCUGCCAGAAAUCCACCAAGAUCUAGUUAACACGUUUGUCAGGGAAGCUCGAAAAGUGGAAGAACACAUCCGCAAUAAGAAAGAACUCAGGCGACCCUUAUUCACUGAGAGAGACUUUCGAGAAAUGGCCAUCAACUGGACAAUGUCUCUGGACAGAAUGAGUAGAAUUCCCGGCAUCGACGCGAGCAAAGUCCGAGAGCAUGGAUCAAAAUUACUUCCAAUCCUGAAACGACAUCACGAUCUAUAUCAAGAAGUUAUGGGAGCCGAUGACCCCGACGGCAACGAUGACGACCAAGAAGUAGUCGAUUUGAUAAGCUCAGAUCUAGAGUUCGACGAGGAAGAGCUGGACCAGGCAGGAGAAGGCGUCGACUCGCACUACUUUCAACCCAAGUCACGACCCGAAGUAGAAGCCUUUCACAGUAGACUCCAGGGUCUAAGCAGUCAGCAGCAAAGUCAACAGAAGCCCAAAUCGUCAUACACGCGCGGUUCCGGUGGUGGCAGGAAAUUCUCCGGCGGCAAAAAGUGGCCUCGGAAAGCUUCCGGUGGUGGUGUUCCCAAACGCAAGGGGAAUAAUUUCGGCGGCCGAAAGGCCAGUGGUUCCUCUUCAACGUCACGAUCAACUGCUGGCAGCAGUUCGAAACGAGAUGGGAAAAUCGUCAAGAAGAGUGGUGGGGGUAUCGGUCUGAUGCCAUUGUAG